CGUAAAGUUUGCAGUUUUUUUAUCAUAUUAUUUAACUGAAUGAUAAUUUUAAAAAAUGUUCUAGAGAAUUUAUUCUAUUUUGUUGGUACGUUUUCAUAUAUGUCAUUAAUUGCUAAAUAACUUUUCCUUAUAGUUAAAGGAAGUAAUGUUGUAUUUUGCCAAGUUCUUAACCCAUAGAAAACCAUUACCGGUUAUGCUUCAAAUAGCUGUUUGUGCUGAAAAAUGGACCAAAAGUGUGUCAUCAUUUAUUGAUAAGUUUAUGGUCAGCCCGUUAUUGUUCUUCACAUCAUUUCUUGAGGCAGCUAUAUAUGCUAAGAUACCAAUUAUCCCUCAUGUAUGUGACUUGCAAGAGAAGAAAAUAGUUUUAACUAAUAUCAUUGAAAAUGUUUGUAAGGCAGUUGUAUGUACUUCUUAUUUAGACCAUGCAAAAGAGAUACAUAAUUUUCUUCAGUAUGAAAAUAUUCGAUCUUAUCUUGUACAUGAAGAAAUGGAGCAUUAUAUUUCAGAUGAGGUUAUUAAAGACUGGAAGUCUGUGAAGUCAUCUUCUGUUCCUCAUUGCCUCAUUUUAACAGAUGCAUCUUUGACAAAAUUAUGUAUUAGUGAUGCUGAGUGCCUCAUCCAUUAUGAUGUUCCUGAAGAUUCUCGUCUGCAAUUUGGGAAUCGUUUCAGCUGCAUUGCAGAACAUUUUACAAAAACAGGAAAGAAUUCAAAAUGUGUUUGCCACAUUCUUAUUAGUGAAGACUGCUCUGUAAAAGCAUCUUCCCUACUGAAAAUAGUUAAACGAAGUGGAAGAAUUGUUCCAGAAGAGUUGAAAGACCUUAUAAAGAAACAAAACCUCAUAUAUACAGAUGCUAGUAUCCCUCUGUGUCAUACUUUGAAAGCAUUUGGUUUUUGUGACCAGGUUUUAUGUCAGAUGAGGCAUCAUAUUGAUCUCAUAAGUGACAAACCUAUUGCUGUGCCAAGUGAGGGUGAUAUUCAAGGUCUAGUGACUCAUGUGUUUGAUGCUUCUCAUUACUGUGUCCGUUUGCUGAAGUAUUUGACUCCUGAUUCUGAAAAGGCAGUAUUAUUGAGUAGUGUAUAUGCUAAAAUUGGAUUCCAGCUUAAAAAAUUUUAUUGCAAUGUUUCUCAUCAACAGAAAGUGGAAAAUCCUAUAGUUGGCAAUUGUUACGUGUUAACAGAAAAUAGCUUAUAUUAUAGAAUUAAGAUUUUAGAUAUAUUGCCUGCAACGAAAUGCCAAAAUGAAAAGAAAAAGGUAUUUUUUCUUGAUGAAGGUUGGGUGAAAUAUAUGGGCCACACUGAGUUAUAUUAUCUUUCUGAUGAGAUUGAGUUGCCUCCACCACUUGCAUUAGAAGUAUAUCUGUGCAACGUUAAAACUCCAGAUUCAUGUUUAAAUUGGAAUCCACAAGCAAACCAUUUUGUUUCUAAUUUAAUUGAAGGCAAAGAAAUUCAUGGAAAGAUUGCUCUUUGUCUUGGUGAAACCUUAUGGAUACAUCCACUUGUACUUAGGGAAAAACUGUAUUUUAUUGAUGAUUACUUAAAUGUACUAAAAUUAGAUGAAGCAUUAAAAGAUGCUGGGUGUGCUAAAUAUAAUAAAGAACAUCUACCAUUGUUAUAUAAAAUUUGCCAAGAUAAAGUCUCUUUACCUAGACGUGUUGUAAAAGCUGUAAGUCAGGCUGAAUUAACAGAUGAAACACAAUUAAAAUAUGCCUUUUUGGAAUGCAGUAUACUUGAAGAUGUGUAUGUUUCAAGUGUGAUAUCUCCUGAUCAUUUUUAUGUUCAGAGAGCAAAGUUUGUUGACUGUUUAGAUAAAAUGCUGGAUGAGAUAAAUGAACAAGUGAAAAAUAAAACAUUGAAAAAAUGCCUAGCACUACAUAAGGGUCUGCAUUGUAUUGCACCAUUUAAUGAAGAUAAUAGGUUUUAUCGAGCUUUAAUAACAGAUCUGGUUUUGGAUUCAGAUGAUGUUCACUUGUUUUUUGUUGAUUUCGGUGACACCGGAUGCACUACAAAAGACAACAUUUAUGUUCUGCCUGCAGAGUAUUUGCUUUUACCAUUUCAAGCUAUAGAAUGUGAACUUGGUGGAAUAUGUGCUUCACAUGGUGGAUGGUCAAAUCAAACAAUUGACACUCUAUAUGAUCUUACAAGAGAUGAAGUUGGAGAUAUGAAGAUACUACAAUUGCAGGCAUACACAAAGUCAUCAUGUUAUGAUGGUGGUUACCAUUAUGUGGUAGACAUAUGGAAUGGUGAAAAAUCUCUCUCAAAGCUGCUUUUAGAAGCAGGACUUGUUAAUGCUGUAGAAAUUCCUGCUUCUUGUGACUUGGUAUCUGAUGACACUACUAGUAAUUUACAAAUAGAUGACAUUCCAGGUGGUUUUAUUACUUCUUCUGAUGAAGAAAGGCAUCCAGAUGAUAAAGAUGCUGCUGCAAUAUUUUGUACUGUUUUAUCAAAACUUUUACUCCAAGGACAAAAUAUUCAUCCAGAAGAGGAUUUAGGAACUUUAGUUGAUGAUAUAUCAUGCAGUAGAGAUAACCACAAGAAGAUAACUGCAACAAAGGAGUUUCUUCCUGAGCAAAUGAACAAAAAUGAAACAUUUAUACAGAAGCUUUCAAGUGCAUUUAAUGAAUACACUCUUUUUCAAAAGGAAUUUUCAAGUACCACAAAUGAUAAAAGUUAUAAGCCACUAAUUACAUGGUGGGAUUCUCCUGAGCAACUUAAUAUCGUAAUCAAUUUAAGAGACAUUAAAGUAUAUGAAUUAAAUAUACAAGAUGAUGGUUUUACAUUUGAAACUACACUGAAUGGCGCUCAUUAUUAUACUAAAGAAAUAUUUUAUUCUUCUAUUUAUUCCCAAGAUGCAGUAACAAGCAUUUUGCCUCAAGGUAUAAAUAUGGUUUUAAGAAAGCAAGAAAAUUCAAAAUGGCUUCGUCUUACAAAGGAUUGUACAAAAUUUCUGCAUAUCAAAUAUGAUUUGAAUCAUUUGGACGAUUCUGAUUCUGAAGAUGACGUUCCAACUUCAAAUGCUGCUGUAUGUGAUGUUUCAGCUGACAUGUAUAACAAAUCUGAAAUUAUGCCUUACCCAUCAGAUGAAGACAAAAGCUUUGACAGCUCAGAUGAUAAUUAUGUUCAGCCAUGGAAGAAGUUAGCUGAAUACAAGGAUCCUUACAAUCCACUUUCAUGAGUGUGUUACUUCUUGCUUUCAAUGUACUUUUUUUAUACAUAGAAUUUUGUUUAUUUUAGAGGUUUUGAUCUGCAACUUCUGCAAAAUGUUGAGCUUGUUUUUAUUUCUUUACUUGUAACUUUAUUUUUAAGAGCAUAUUAUUUACAUGGUGCUCAAAAUUGCACAUACUCUGAUAUACGAUCAUGUAACUUAAAUGAGAAAUGACUAAAGUGAUGUCAGGGCUGAUGCAUCAGCCCUGAUAUCACUUUAGCCAUUUCUCAUUUAAUUGUCACCCCUAAAUUCUGAUGAAUUUAGCUGUCUGCUGAAUUUAAAGAAAAAAAAGAGAGAGAGACCCAUGAUGAUGUCUUAAUUAAUAUAUAUCUAAAUUGCAUUCAUAUUUGCUUUAACUUUGUUCUAGAAACCUAGCAUAAAAAUAUGUUUUCUACCAAAAAAUCUAAAUUAUAUGUGAAAUUUUGGUAGCUUUUGAUGGUGAUUUAUAAUUUAUGAGAAUAAUACCGCAUCUGAUAUUAAAUGUUAUUGCUUGUUCUCUUCAUUAUUUGUAACCUAAUUUCUUGAAAUCUUAUCCCAGUGUUAACCGUGUAUUUCACAAAAUAGAUUAACCAAAUAAAAUCUUUCUUUUGUAGUUUAAAAAGAAAUAUGAUUUCACUUCUUAAUGUUUUCAGUUUAAAGAUUUCAAGUGUGUGUAAUUGCUUAUUUUCAGUUAAUGCAAUAGCUUUUUGACAUCAAAAAUAAAUACAGAUUUAAUAAGAUAGGUUUCUGCACACUUUUAAUGAAUCAUCCAACCCAGUAUAAAAAUACUGUUAUAAAUAAUAUUUCAUAUAAAAUUCAUAUUAAAUAAUUUGAAAAAAUUGAUAGCCUUUUUUUUUUCCCUUUCUCCAGAAAUAACUGUACAAGUACUUCCUUAUUAUUUCAGUUCCCAUUAUUUAAACAAGCCAAAAAUUAUUACAGAGUUUUAAUAUGAAAAAGUUAAGAACAUUCAUAAUAAACAUGUUUACUACUCAAGUAAAAUUUGUGGUUGCUGAAUUUCUAAGAUUACUUUUAAUAUAACACCAAAAUAAUUUUCGUUUUCCAAGGAUUUAUGCUGUGCAGUCCACAAGCUUUGUAAUCUGUCUUAUUGAUAGGCUGUGCCAAAUGGCAGUCCUGUUCAGAAAUCCUUGUGAUAAGUUUCCAUGGUUAGGCAUUGUUGGCAAACAGCAAAGUACUUUGCCGUUAUUUAAAUAAUAGGGGCUAUAAUAAUAAUAAGUACCUUUUUAGAAUUAUCAAAAAAUGCAUUUAAUAUUAUGUAUAUGCUGCUAGGUGAAAACUUUUCUAGGAGGUUAACUUUUAAGUGUAUAUUUAAAUCCUUCUGUGAUUUACUAUACAUAUAUGCUAUAUAACUAAUAAAUCAUCAUCUAUGAAUCAAUUUAUAUAUUUACUAAUUAUUAUAGUUUUGUGGCUAGGCAUUUAUGUAAGUGUAUUUCUCUCUCUUUAUAUAGUUAAUGAUUCUCAUUUACCACUGACAUUAACAUAUUCCUCCUCUAAAAAAAAAAGAGCAGUCUCUUAGAUACCACUUAAAUAAUUAGGUAUACCUAUUUUGAGUGCUAUUUAGUAAUAUUUAUUACUAAAUGCUGUAAUCUAAAUUUAUUACCAGUAUUGCACAAUUGUAGUUAUUAAAGAAUUUUUUUAAUUUUUCUAAAGGUGCAAUAUGAAACGUACCUAAAAAUAUUUUUAUUUGUGUAUUAUAUUUUAUUUUUUGAAAUCAGAACAUGUAUUUGUUAUCUUUGCUGCAUUUAAUAUGUCAUAAAUUACUUGCAAACACAUAAACUAUAUUUUUAUAACAAAAAUAUUAUGCAGCCUAGGUGAAUAAAUAUUUUUAAACUUUUAUAAUGUUUGUGUAAUAUUAAAGUAAUAUUUAUGCAAUUUUUAUUUCUGUGAUACUUGGU